UCCUCUGGGCCUGCGGCUGAGUCACAAAGACCAAAACAAAGGCAGACAACAAAGACAAUGAACAAGCUGCCAGGUGCCAACUUGGAGUUCGUGCGCGAGGACGACUUUGUCGAGUACUAUAUAUUUCCCAAGCUAGAUGACAUUGAUGAAAAAGCAAGUGAUGAGCAAGUGCGUCAGCAGCUAGAGCAAGUGCGUGCGGACUGCAUGUCCAUUGUGGAGAAGAAAGUGGCGGAACGCUGUUAUAUAUGGAACAAGGAUGAAUUUCAGCUGCAAGUGCGCACGGGCAGUGCCGAGGAACGGCUGCUGAACGAGGAAGACAACAAGCAGGAGGAGGAGGAAGAGCCCGAGGGUAUUCUUCCGCCCCAUUUGCACGGCGUCACGCAUUAUGGCGACAAUAUUGGCGACGAGUGGUUCAUUGUCUAUCUCUUGAGCGAAUUGACCCGCUCGCGACCGGACUGCAUAGGGCGCGUCUUCGAUGGCGACGGCGAGUUUCUGCUUAUCGAGGCAGCCGAUGUGCUGCCCGACUGGGCGAGUCCCGAGACGUGUGAGCAACGCGUCUACCUUGUCAAUGGCGGGCUGCAGCUGUUGCAGAAUGCAUCCAACACCAGCGACAGCAAACGAAUGCCCAUGGCUAAAGCAGUGCAGCGCAUUCGUCUAAAUCCCACUCUCUACCGCUGUUCGCGUGACAUUCAGAACUGCAUUGAGGCACGUCUACAAGAAUUUCAGCCAGCAAAGCCUCACGCAUCCAUACAUCGGCAAAUAGUUCAGCUGCCCCAGAAUGCGGCACAAUUACUUAAGCAACGACCUGGUCUAGUCGCGUCCGCUGUACGCGCCUUCUGUGAAAGAGAUGCAAUCGACUCAAAGGCAUUGCGUAGCAUGCGCUACUUUCCACCUGAAACGCCACGGAAGCGCACAAAUGUCGCCUUCACUCGCUAUCUGUAUGCCAUGAUAAUGCAUAGUCAAUAUACACCGGAGCGCCGACUGGGUUGGCAAUUGACGGACGCCGUUGCGAAUCCAGAGUGCUACAAGGAACAGCUGUUGGGCGUAAAGCUGGCCAGCGGCUUGGAAAUACUUGCCAGCCAGGCGAAACGGGCUGGCGACCAGCUGGACGACAAAUCACCUGCCUGGCGUGCAUAUCUGCGCAGUUUGCAAGGCAAGGGCUACUUCCAUGACAACAUCGAGGGCAGUGCGGAGUAUGAACGUCUGUUGGCCACAGCCAAGGAGUACUUUAAGUGCAACCAGGAACGCUUUCGCACAGCGCCGUUGGUGGGCGCCGAAAUAGUGGAUAUGCUGUUGCAUCCUGCCGAAGGCAGCGCCGCGGAGCUCCUUCGGGACGAAGAGAAUAAUCUGCUGCCCAGCGAUUCGGAUGAUUGGCUGAACAUCACUGCCGAGGAUCUGGAUGCAAUGCUGCAGCAACGCUAUGGCCCACAAAAGCUAUACAAUCCCAACGGCGACAUGAAUGCAGAGGAAUUCACAAAGCAUCUGUCUCAGUUCUUAGACAGGCAAUCCAACUUUGAAGGUAUUGAAGGGCCGGGUGAAGCCGUUGAAGAGCUCGACUCAGACGACGACGAGCCGCCGGCGCCAGCAAGUGCGACCAGCAGCAAUGCAAAGGUGAAAAAGAACGCUUCGAUGAGGAAGGCUUGCAAGCGCAACUCCUUGAUUCAAUCUGAUGAACAGGACAGCACCCAUGUGCGCAAUUUUCUGGACUUUGUGAUACCCGAGGACAACUGGGACUCCACUUCCGAGAUGAGUGACUAUGCGGACGAGGAGGAUAUUGAGCGUAACUUCGAUGAGUUGUCCAAUGCCAGCGGUGGCGGUGACGCCAACUAUCGAUUGGAUCGUAAUAUCAAGGCGUACAUGGAGCAAAUGGAUCGGGAACUGGCUCAAACAACCAUUGGCAAGUCGUUCCAUGCCAAGAGUAGCACAGCUACUAACUCAACGGAGCAGCACCAUACUGCGGAGGAUGAUUUCGAUGACAUUGAGGACUUCGAGCCCAUAAAUAUUAACGUGAACACGCUGCGCAACAUGAUGGAUAGCUAUAAAUUACAAAUGGGCGGCGCAGGUCCCGUGUCCAAUUUAUUUAAUGCCAUGGGCGUGGGCAUGUCGGCAGCGGCAACAGAUGAGAAGGCCAAGGAUCUAUCAGAGUCGGCUGUCUAAGGCACAAACAGGAACUUAUCAACUAGAUAUUAAGAUUACAAUCACAUUUAAAUUCGAAUUAUACAUCUAUAUAUAAUAUACAUAUAAAUAUCUGUGUA